AUGUGUCUAGCAAGGCAGAAGAAACCUAAGGCUGUACAUACCAGUAACCAGCGUCUAGGGCCUCGUUGCCAGGACUCCCUUGCCGCCAUCGUCAGCGAACACCGACUACGGGUUACGAAUUACGAUGCUGCUCAGCAACCCUCCGCCUAUCAGCGUCCUUACUGCAUCGCCCGCUUUGAAUCUGCCAAUCUGGGCUGGCUGGAUGAAGUAUGGAUCGUGGACUUGGUCGGUCUCACGGGGCUACCAAAACGACGAUGGGGUUUCCCUUCUUCCAGUCUGUCUUCCAUUCUGAUUCUUGUUGCGGGCUUCGAGAAUUCUCUUUGA